ACUGGACAUGUUCGCACUCGUGACAUGAACGAGGGAUGCAAACGAUGCUACAAGCUCGUUGGGAACGCUCUCAGAAACGCAAGAAACUCUUGGCUCAAACGCUGGGAGUUUCAAGCGUGGAUGAACUGCGACAGAUUCUGGGAACGGACGUGGAGGACACGCAGAAGAAGAGAGGCAGACUGUCCAACGAUAAGUCCGACAGUGCAGUCAAGGAUGUGAAGGACGACGUUGCUCCAACAGACGAAAUUGUAUAUAAGGAUUCUUCAACGUUCUUGAAGGGAACACAAUCGUCGAAUCCGCACAAUGAUUAUUGUCAACACUUCAUUGACACUGGCCAACGGCCACAGAAUUUUAUCAGAGAUGUGGGUCUAGCAGACAGAUUCGAAGAGUAUCCGAAAUUACGUGAGCUGAUCAAACUGAAGGAUGACCUAAUCGCGGAAACCGCGACCCCACCAAUGUAUCUAAAAACAGAUCUGCUGUCGUACAAUAUGAAAGAGCUCAAUUGUAAAUUUGAUGUCAUUCUUAUAGAGCCACCUCUGGAAGAAUAUCAGAGAACGUGUGGUGCAACCAAUGUACAACUUUGGAACUGGGACCAAAUAAUGGAGUUGGAUAUCGGUGAGGUAGCUGCCAAUCGCAGCUUCGUAUUUUUAUGGUGUGGUAGCAGCGACGGAUUGGAUAUGGGACGAUUUUGUCUGCGUAAAUGGGGCUUCCGCCGUUGUGAGGAUAUCUGUUGGAUUCGUACGAAUAUCAACAAUCCGGGUCACAGCAAGAACCUGGAUAGUAAAGCGGUGCUUCAGAGAACGAAAGAACACUGUCUGAUGGGUAUCAAGGGAACAGUGCGACGCUCCACUGACGGUGACUUUAUUCACGCCAACGUCGAUAUCGACCUCAUUAUAUCCGAGGAGCCUGAUUAUGGAUCCAUCGAGAAACCCGUAGAGAUUUUUCACAUCAUCGAGCACUUCUGCCUCGGCCGAAGAAGGUUGCACCUCUUUGGUCGUGAUAGUACCAUUAGACCUGGUUGGCUAACCGUCGGUCCGGAAUUAACAAACACUAAUUUCAAUACGGACCUCUAUCAAAGUUACUUCGCUAAUGGCCAGAUUACUACUGGCUGCACCGAAAGGAUAGAAGCGCUCAGACCAAAGUCGCCGCCGCCGAAAGGGAAGGUACCCGGCCGAGGAAGAGGAGGCUUUAAUCGUGGCAGAGGCAGAGGGAGAUAAGUAAAUCUUGCACUAUGUCUUUCAAUCAUUAUUGUAAUAGACGUAAGAAAUCUGAUAAUAAAUAAGUACAUAAAUAAUUACGGAGGUAUCAGGAGGUAC